UGCUUGGGUCUGUUUGUAGGAGACUUCAUCCGCUGCCGCUGCCGCAGUGAGCGCCAGCUGCAAACGCGAUAAAGAAAAACUGAGACAGACCGAGACCGAAAAGUGAAUGUUGUCGCACAGACACAAGCCUUCCAAACCUCGAAUUGGUUGGGUGUCCUCAGCAGCAGUUCCCGCAGCAACGGAAUAAACCACAGCGCAAGUCCCGCAAUUCACAAAAGCCUGCCCUGCACCACCAGAAAAAAUUUAGUAAGAUAUAUAACCGUAAAUUGGACAAAAAAAAGUGAAAACUUCACCAUGGCAUUCCGCGUGGCCGGACUCUUCCUGAAAAAGGAGCUAGUUGCUCCCGCAACACAGCAGCUCCGUCUAUUCCGCACAUCAAAAACAGCGUGGUCCACGUUCCUGGUGAAUUCCCCGAACACGGCCCUGGACAAGAGCAUCCUGCAGCGAUAUCGUAAUCUAGAGACGCCUGCCAAUCGAGUGCAAGCCACCUACCUCUGGAUUGACGGCACUGGCGAGAACAUUCGCCUGAAGGACCGCGUCCUGGACAAAGUUCCAAGUUCCGUGGAGGACCUGCCUGACUGGCAGUACGAUGGAAGCUCGACCUAUCAGGCACAUGGCGAGAAUUCGGACACUACUCUCAAGCCGCGUGCCAUCUACCGAGAUCCCUUCAAGCCGGGCAGGAACGAUGUCAUUGUCCUGUGCGACACCUACAACGCCGAUGGCAAGCCCACACCCUCCAACAAACGCGCAGCCUUCCAGGCAGCCGUUGACAAGAUUGGGGACCAGGAGCCUUGGUUUGGAAUUGAACAGGAAUAUACGCUGCUUGAUGUGGAUGGACGUCCUUUCGGUUGGCCCGACAACGGUUUUCCAGCACCCCAAGGACCCUACUACUGCGGCGUUGGUGCCGACCGUGUGUACGCUCGAGAUCUCGUGGAAGCCCACACCGUGGCCUGCUUGUACGCAGGCAUUGACUUUGCCGGCACCAACGCUGAGGUGAUGCCCGCCCAGUGGGAGUAUCAGGUGGGUCCCAGCAACGGCCUGAAGGCCAGCGAUGAUCUCUGGGUCUCGCGCUACAUCCUGCAGCGUAUUGCCGAAGAGUACGGCGUGGUUGUCACCUUUGACCCCAAGCCAAUGGAGGGCCAAUGGAAUGGGGCUGGCGCCCACACGAACUUCUCCACCAAGGCAAUGCGCGCUGACGGCGGAAUCAAGGCCAUCGAGGCGGCCAUCGAGAAGUUGAGCAAGCAGCAUGAGCGCCACAUCAAGGCGUACGACCCCAAGGAAGGCAAGGACAACGAACGGCGCCUGGUCGGCCGCCUGGAGACAUCCAGCAUCGACAAAUUCUCGUGGGGCGUGGCCAACCGUGCCGUCAGUGUGCGGGUUCCGCGCGGCGUUGCGACAGCUGGCAAGGGUUACUUCGAGGAUCGUCGCCCAAGUUCCAACUGCGACCCGUACGCCGUGUGUGGCGCCCUGGUGCGCACUUGCCUGCUGAACGAGUAGAGGAGAGGGGGAGAGAGUGUGUAGGCUGUAGGCUGCUGGUGGGCGUACAAUUUUCUUGUACAUAGCAUAUAAUUGAACUUUGGAGCAGACCGGGGCCAAACCGUGCGGUUUGGCUGAUAAUUUGGCUAAUUUUCGAUUUUGAGUGGAGCAAAUAUAAUUUUGCUUGUGUGAAAAAGACAAAAAGCAGAGAGCACGAGUAGCGUGUGGUUAGCAUUUAAGAAGUGUAGGAGGGAAACAGAACAGAAACAAAAACUGAAAAAGUGAACCUGAGCGUGAACUACUGAAGAGAGCCCGAGAUUUUGAAAAUAUUUUGCCAUUAAUAUUUUUACAAAUAAUGUAUACUUUAUCCUUGCUUUAAACUAAUUAAUAAAUUAAUUUUAAAAUUACGUUUAUGCAAAACGUUCAUAAGCACAUCUGUACAUACACAUAAACGAAGAGAGAAACAAUUGGUUUUGAACAUCUCCAUGAUGUUCGGUCCAGUAUCAUUUGUAAUUGCAAGUUCCAUGCAAGUGUUUUGUGCAAUCUUUUGAGUUGUUUAUUUGUUGAUUUGCCUGCCAGGAAUUCCUCAAUACCCCUGCGAAAAUGAAAGUUGGAUGAAAUGAGUAUCAGAAAAUUAGACAAAUAUUAUAUUUAUUAACCACUUGCAUAUCCUCACAUACAUGCAUAAAUUAUGCAUAAAUGAAUAUUGUUUGUAGUGUAGUGUUUGUUGUUGAGUAGAAUCUGUUGAAAACAAUUUUAAUGAAAAUAUAUACAAUAUCGUACACAAGA